AGAUGUGUGACCAGACGUUCCUGGUCGUCUGCUUCGGGCAGUGCGAUUUGUGCUGCAAAGAACGGCCGCUCCGUGGCGUCCUCAUCAAUGCACAGUCUCAGAAUGUGUGCACAAGCUGCGCAGAGCUGAUGGCCUCCGAAGGGCUGCAGGAGAAUGAGACCAUCGACGGACUGCAGGGAGAGGCGGAGAACCUCAAGAUCAAACUGGAGGAGGAGAGGGCCAAGUUGCACGACGUGGAACUUCACCAGGUGGCCGAGCGAGUGGAGGCGCUGGGCCAGUUUGUCAUGAAGACGCGUCGCACCCUCAAAGGGCACGGCAACAAAGUUCUGUGCAUGGACUGGUGCAAGGACAAGCGGAGACUCGUCAGCUCCUCCCAGGAUGGGAAGGUGAUCGUGUGGGAUGCGUUUACCACCAACAAGGAGCAUGCAGUCACCAUGCCAUGCACGUGGGUCAUGGCGUGCGCGUACGCUCCGUCUGGGUGCGCCAUUGCCUGCGGGGGCCUUGACAACAAGUGCUCUGUUUACCCACUGAGCAUGGACAAGAAUGAAAAUCUCGCAGCUAAGAAGAAGUCCGUGGCCAUGCAUACAAACUACCUAUCUGCCUGCUGCUUCACCAACUCCGACAUGCAGAUUCUGACAUCGAGUGGAGAUGGCACUUGCGCACUGUGGGACGUGGAGAGUGGCCAGCUCCUGCAGAGCUUCCAUGGGCAUGGAGCUGAUGUCCUGUGCCUCGACCUGGCUCCAUCUGAGACUGGAAAUACAUUCGUGUCUGGGGGCUGCGACAAGAAGGCAAUGGUGUGGGACAUGCGCACAGGCCAGUGCGUGCAGUGCUUUGAAACGCACGAGUCUGACAUCAACAGCGUAAGGUACUACCCAAGUGGAGAUGCGUUUGCCACAGGCUCGGACGACGCCACGUGCCGGCUCUAUGACCUGCGUGCGGACCGGGAGGUGGCCGUCUUCUCCAAGGAGAGCAUCAUCUUCGGAGCCUCCAGUGUCGACUUCUCACUGAGCGGCCGCCUGCUGUUUUCCGGCUAUAACGACUACACAAUCAACGUGUGGGAUGUACUCAAGGGAUCUCGCGUCUCCAUCCUGUUCGGUCACGAGAACCGCGUGAGCACACUGCGCGUCUCCCCCGACGGAACCGCCUUCUGCACCGGCUCCUGGGACCACACGCUCAGGGUUUGGGCCUGACGUUUGUUCAAGCGAGAAUGGACAAGGUGCACCGUCUUUUUUUUUCUUUUCUCCAAAGUGUUUUUUUCCAGAGAUUCAUGUUUUGCAUGUCUAGCUGUCAGUUUUCCCUUACCGGCACAACUGCUUUCUGUGGCUGUCGUGAUGAUCGUAACGGUGCAGUUAUUAUUUUAUUUGGAACAUCCGAUUUUUAGGAUGGCACCAAACAAAUGUCAACGACUCAUCCCUCCCGAAUUUUAAGAUUUCACCUUUCACGUUAAUCUCAAAUAACCCUGAAUGUGCACCAACUCAUAAUGAAAUAAAUCCUUUCCGUGAGACUGUGACGUCUCCUGUUAAUGUUAUAUCCAAACAAUGUUCACUCUUUGGAUAAAAAGAAUCCAGCCUAGUUUACUUGCAUCUAUAAACCUGAGAUGAACCUAUCUCCAGGGCCGGACUGACACACGGGCUUUUAUGGCCUGCAGCCUGGGGCCUCGAAUAUAGAUGGGCUGCCCACACUAUAUAUACCAUGUAGAAUACAAUAUAUUGCAUAAAUAAGUAGCGUGUUACUGUGUGGAAUCGGAACAGCUGUAUUCAGCCGGAGCAGACUGCCUUAGCUGAAGAGGGGCUUCAAAACCAAAUCGAUUACAACCACGGGUUUUACCCCUCACACGGAUCCCGGCAGGGCCCAUCCAUACAUCUUCCCAGGAACAAGAUCUAUUCUAAGCAUAUUCCGGUAGGAAGAGGUAAAUGUCUUCCUAAAACUGAUGUUGUAACUCCGAAACUCUGAAAACUGCUCAAAUGUAGCGAUGUAUCUGGAGUGAAGUCUUCCUCCAUUGUGGCCAGUGUCUAUCGUGCAAUUAGAAACAUGCUGAGCUCUAGUAGUUGCAGUAACGCCAAGAGCUCACUGAACCAGUCUCUGUUGUCUUUAAUGUCAUCACUGCUGCUUUAUUCUGCUAUCACUAUAAUGGCACAGCCAUAACGAGUUUCAUGGAUAUGUUCUGGAAAAUCUAAAAUUUACUCAAUCAAAGUGCGACCAGGUGGAGGUCAGUUUCCGUGCAGUGAGGCAGUGGUGUUAAAUCUCAGGGCACAGUCACACCUUGAGGUCGACACAGCAGUAAAGUAGCUAAAUAGUGAUGAGGCAGUAGGAGGAGAAAUAGAAGUAUGUGGCUUUGUUGCUGAGAUGUUGACCAAAGCGGGGUGGGGGGUGGGAGAUGAACUGCACAGAUAACGAUGCUAGGAGCAGGUAACAGUUCCCACAUGACUGACAACAACUAUGAUACCAUUAACAAUAGGGAUACAUACUCUUUGUUCUUUCGGUAAAGUUACGUAGGUAUAAAAUAAAAUAGAUCUUUCCUGAAAAUUUUGCAGAAGGAAAAUCAAGCAUAUUUCUAUAAGAUACCAGUGCUUCAGGCAGACAUAUCUGCUGUCGGGCAGUUAAUAGAGAAGAGCUGUGAGUGUGGAAAUUCUAUUUUUACUUAUUUUGUAGGGAUUAAACCGGCGUGUGAUUCCAUUGACAGAGAUAAGCUAUGGGAACGUAUAGAUUGCUACAACCACUCCAUGCAAAAUAAGCUGACCGCUGCAGAAUGUGCACACCAGAACGAAUGCCGAGUUUGUUGUUUGAAGGAAAGGCAUGGAUUGAGGAAAGGAACAGCUGUUUACCAGGUGCCUACUUUACCUCCAUCUUCAUCAGUGUCUUUACGGGGUGUGUAUUCACGAAGACAACGGAUAGGGCAGACACUGUAGACGGCCAUCAUUAAAAAAAAUGCACUUCAAAGAUUUGGGGCUCAAUUGAGGUGUUUUUGACCAUAAUUCCACAUUGUUUGCUUGAGUUACAGAUGUUUUUAUGGAAAUAUGUUUUGAUUUCAACAUUUGCUAUUAAUUCUGGGUAAUUCCCAUAAUUAGUAAACCACAUUCGCUCCACUUCAGUUUUCCUUGCGGAUUGUGUUGAAGUGGCCAUCGUGAAGCUAAAUAAUCGCAGGAACUUUUCACACCUUGUGUGCUGUGAUUCCAGCUCCAAACUGGUGAAAGUGGCCACUCUGGGGCAAACAGUUUGGGCAUGGUGGCUGACUCCCCUGUCUUCGUGUGUGGCUGUGGCGUGCACACAUCCUGCAAACACAUGCAGAAACCACAGCAUUACACGAGCUAGAACCUCUCACAAUGGCGUCAGAAGCAGAUGAAUUGUUGCAACCCAGUAAACCUGAAACGUUGGGAUAACAUUGGUCCAACGUUUCCUAGCACAUGCCAACGUUGGCCCAACGCUGCAUGUUUACUGGGAAGCACACACUGAUGACGAUGCUUGUGAUGAUGAUAGGGAUGAGAAGUAUUGCCAUGUAUUUCUCAAGAAAAGCCUCUUUGAUUCUCAAAACUUUUUUUAGGAGAGACCUGCAUCGGGAUGGUUGGCCAAAUCCAUUAAAAAGUGUUUUGCCUGUAGGAGGAAUUCAGGUAUUCAGAGAAAACUCGCGCAUAUAAGGGGAUAACGCUGACAUUUCCACAGAUGGGUUCACUGACCCAAUUGCUAUUUUGUAAUAUCCUGGCAACCUUGUGAGUUUUACAAAUCUGCACGACCCACCAAUAUGCUGGAUUAGGCAGUCAUGCACCACGAGGCUUGCUUGCUGUUGCUGUGCUGAUGUCCGUUCAUGUAAUGACGACGAUGACGCUGAGGAUAUAAUACAAUAACAAAUGAAGGAUUUUCAGUUUUUCAUCGCUUAAAGACAAAUAGUACCUCAACGUGCUUGGCUAUACAUUGAUAAAAUACAAAGCCCCGAGUGAAAAUUUUGAAAAAUACGGGAAAGAUAUAAAAAUAACAAUGAAAGAUGACAAUUUAGGAUAAAACAAUUGAGAAUGAAUUAGUUCUGAAUGCAACCACAUCUUAAAAUGCUGUCGAGAAACAGUGGCUAUUUAAAACAAAAUUAGAGCGUCUAACACAUCCAGCCAGCUUAAACCCGGGAUGGAUCGCAGGCAGGCCAGCAUGAAUGUUUAAAGACGGCGCGUGUAUUUCUGUAAAGGGGUCCACUUUUCGUAAGCGGAGAGCAGGAGAGGGCAUAACUGUGGCCGAGAAGACCUGAAGCUUCGUGUGGAGCGACGUGCCAGGCAGCUUCCACACAGCGUUAAGCAGCCGUUGUGGUGAUUUUGUUGAGAACAGACACAUCUCUGACAAUGUAGGGGGUUGUCCAUUCGAAUCAACGCGGUCACCGUGUCUAUUUACUUGAUGCCUGAUUUAUAUAUAUAUUGAAAAAGGUAUUUAUUUUAUAUCUGUCUCUCCUCACUGUGAACUCUAGUUGAUGCUCACCUCCCACGUUCCCUCUUCGAAUGCCAAAUUUACCAAUCAUGUUUUCGUCUUUAUAACUUUCACCAGCUUUUACCAUGACUGUCGCCCAUUACGAUGUUGUAAUGCACUUCGCUCUCGUUUAGCAGUCGUUUCCUUAUACAUUUUUGUCUACAUCCUAAUCACGGUGGCUUUCUGUUGGAGCGUAUGCAUGAUGAAGCUUUACCCGCAGUGUUUUGAGAGCCUUUUGUGUGGUGCGUUAAACAACUCCGGACGAUUCGUGAGCUCUUAAACUAAUUCCGAGUUGUAAGUAGGAAUCCCUCUCCAUAAUUACGAGCAUAUCUCCCUCUUAUAAUAUACAACGUCGCUACUGUUGGCUGAAACCGACCACGCCCCGGUUUGUUCCUUAAUUUAUCUUCCGUCCAUACUCUUUGGUUGUCCCACCUGAUGACGGACGCUUGUGUGUUGCGCCCGAAACGUCGUGAUUUAAUUUAUUUUAUUUUGUUAUACCUACGUGACUUUACCGAAAGAACCAAAGAGUAUGGAUCCCUGCAGUCACGAAAACUUCAAAUCUAGAUUCUAUUCUGUCUCCAAUUGAACGAGACGUAUUUUCCACACGCAGUCUCCAAAGUGUUUGCGGCAAUGGUUAAUCACCCAGUGAUUCCUCGUGUUCCUUACGCGUACACAUUUCCUAUGCUAUGCUGCCAUUAAAGAUGAGGUCGGAGUUGUUGUUGCCGGAGGCCCCGGGUUUCAGGCUGCACUCCACCCGUGGGACAACGUGUGACCUUACUUCACCACGCUGGUUCAGUGCGGGUUUGGUUCAGAUCCUCGCCUGGCACGUGAUCCAGUCACACGCGAGGCACAGCGUGACAUAGGCGUACUUAUUUUCUUGGUUCUUUCGGUAAAGUCACGUAGAAGGGAAAUCACAAAAUAAUAAAAAUAAAACAAUAAAAUUCACCUGAUGAUGAUUGCUUGUGUUGCAAUCGAAACGUCGUGAGAAUUUAAUUGGGUUUUUUAUUUAUUAUUUUGUUAUUUCCCUUCUACGUGACUUUACCGAAAGAACCAAGAAUAUGAAUCCCUGCAGUCACGAAAGCUUUAAAUAGGCGUACUUGUUGUGUAUCCGUGACGGUAUGUUAUCAUGUAAAGUUAAUUUAAUUGACUCAUUGGUUAUGUUAACUCUGUGCAUGUGUCAACAAAUUGUUUUUGUUGCAUCAUCAUUAUUUAUGUUUGGGGAAAAAUGAGUAGCACCACUUAGCGAGAAAUCAGUCCGGAUUUUUCCGUGAGAGUGGAAGCAGUGAUGAGACCGUUUCACGCGUAGGCUUUCGCGACCAAUAUCAUCCAUAAUAGAUGUUUCUUUGGGUUAGAUCGCGUAAAUAUAUAAAUGUGUUGUUAAAACCCGCCACUACCCGACACAGCCAACUAGUGAGGGUUGUCACGUAAACAGAACGUGGCCAAUUCGUCACUAGUACAGCACCACACCGGUGUGUUGGAGAGCCAAGCCACAACAUUUACAAUCUGAGUACGACGUUUCGCCAGUAAUUAUAACUAGCUUCGUGGCCUGUCCAAAUGAGGCUCAGUUUUACUUGAGGAUCUGCAGUACAAUCUUUCUACAUCACGCAACGAAGUUGUUAUUUUUAGACUUAAAGAUGAACACAAUUGUCUGCUAUCUGACGUGCAGGGCCGAGAUCUGUACAAUUUUGUUUUUAAUCUAAGCCUGUUCCAGUGGUCAAAGGAAAACAAAAUGUGAAAGGUCAGUUCUGAAAUGCUCUGCUAUGAGUGCACACAGGGUAACUGGGAUUAUUGACAUUCAUGGCAACACGCCGAGGUACACCAGCCUCUGGGUAACAUGCUUCACCUGCAGUAUGGAAGAUCAGCCAUCAGCAGUGUGUCCCCGCCGUAGCAACAGAACCCAAGAGAGCCCGUCAAGGAUAAAUAACAAAAAAUUCAACACAUUUGUCAAUAACACUGUGGCCUUAAGAGUAUAUAAUAGGCGACAUUUUGGGCAAUGGGCCUUCUUCAUAGCACACGUACACAGAGCCCAGAGAGGUUAGCUGAUCAAGGAUACGUCAUCAAACACAGGUGUGGAACGGGGACAGCGGUUAUAUAAAGAGGUCAAUGUCCGUACGGACCCAACAGACUCUGCAUGGGGGAACAUUGACGUCAUGUCCCACUUAAAACAAGUGUCUACCCCAACCCUAUCGUAUGUUGUUCAUAGGAAACCCCCACAGAUUCAACAAGAUGAGUUUGCAUGAUGAAAAGGAUAGAUUUGUUGCAGAAUUCCUGAUUCAACUGCUAUUAUUAUGUAUUUUUUUUAUUCUAACAGCCAAAAAUUGUGCAAUGUAUCUGCAAUUGCAGCCUAUCACGGAUGCUCAUUGCUCAGCGAAUUUUACAAUUACAAAUGAAUGUAGAAUUUUAAACAUGAUCAUGAUACUAUUAAAAUGAGCACGUUAACAUGUUUUACCUGUUAAAAGUCACCAUUUGAUGAUCGACUGAUCAGGUGUGAUCCAGUCCAGUUGAUCACUCUGUGAUUAAAUUCUCAUCGGACCACCAAUUAUCGAAUACGAGGUCAAUUAAUGUGAACCGAAGCGUUUUUUUUUUAUCCAGAUAAAAGAUCCGUUCCAAAAACGGGUAUUGGCAUCACCAAUUACGAUGGGUUUUACCGAUAAAGAUGUAUUUAAGAGAUUCAUGUCUCAUCGGAUUCUUCCGGUCUAAACAAAAUAUUGCGAUGCUCUGCGUCAAAGUCACCCCCGCCACACGCUGCCGCUGCUGCCGCGUGCGUGACACCGUGUGGAGUGAACGCCGUGGUGCAGGUUUUACGGCCUUGGAGGGUCGUCCAUAAAUGACGUCACGCACCU